AUGACUGCUUUAGAUAUAGUUGCAGUAGAAGAUUGGAAAUCGGCCUACGCACCAAUUAUCAAACCAACGACUAGCUGGCACAUACAGUUCCAAAAGUGCAAAAGGUUUUUCUUGACAUGUUCCAAAACAAAUUAUGUAUUGCGGCAAGGAGAACAGUCAUAUAAAAUUGAAAUUAAUGUAAAGAAGCCGAUAACAAAGAAAAAUAAAAGCAUCACUAUGUUGACUCCAGUUGUUAUUCCAGCAAACCAGUUGAUUCCAAAGAAAGCAAAGAUCACAGAUGUUUCAAAUCUAUUGAAAAAACAUUAUGGAGAGCAAUGGAGAGACAUUAAAACAUUAGAGUUUUAUAAAACAGUGGAAGGCAGAAGGUUUUAUGAGCAAGCAGAUAUUAACGAGGAUAUAGCAGAGAUACCAAGCGACCUUUGUGAAGACGGCUUUGAGGAUGUCAACCUAAUAGUAAUGAUUUCUUAA